AUGCUCUCUACAAAUUUAAUUAAUUUUUGUCUUGAUGAUUUUCAUUCUGAUGAUGAAUUAGAAUUGAUAGUAUCUACAAUAGGAGAGUCACUCAAUAAAAAAAGGACGUUGUAUCGCAUGUUAGUUCACAGUCGUACCUAUAUAUGGCGUAAUAGAAUACAUGGCCAUUUUAAACUUUAUCAUAAUUAUUUUGGAGAUAAUCCUGUUUAUUCCCCAAGUGCAUUUCGUAGGAGAUUUCGAAUCAGUCGAUCUCUUUUUAUUCGUAUACAAUCAGCCGUUGAAUCUUGUGACCCAUAUUUUGUUCAAAAAAGAAAUGAUGCCGGUUUAUUGGGGUUGUAUUCUCUCCAAAAAAUAACUGCUGCAUUAAGGAUGCUUGCGUAUGGAGUUGUAGCUGAUUAUGUCGAUGAAUAUGUUAGAAUAGGUGAAAGCACUGCAAUUGAAAGUGUCAAAAAAUUUGUUGAGGCAAUAGUUUCAAUUUUUUCAGAAAAAUACAUGAGAUCUCCUACAAAAGUUGAUACUGAUAGAUUGUUAAAAGAAGGGGAUAGUCGUGGGUUUCCUGGAAUGUUAGGAAGUAUUGAUUGUAUGCAUUGGAAAUGGAAAAAUUGUCCAAAUGUUUGGAAAGGGAUGUAUGUUGGUCAUGUUCGUGAACCAAUGUUAGUUCUUGAAGCUAUCGCUUCAUAUGAUCUUUGGAUAUGGCAUGCAUUUUUCGGACUACUAGGAUCGCACAAUGAUAUUAAUAUCUUGGAGCGGUCUUUCUUAUUUACAGAACUUGCCGAAGGACGAGCUCCGCCGGCUAACUAUUCAGUUAAUGAUCAUGAAUAUAACAUGGGAUACUACCUUGCAGAUGGUAUUUAUCCUUCAUGGUCAACAUUUAUAAAAACAAUUCCAUCGCCACAAUCUAAUAAGCACAAACAAUUUGCUAUAGCUCAAGAGUCAGCCAUAAAAGACGUUGAACGCGCAUUUGGAGAGUUGCAAGCACGAUUUUCGAUCAUUCGUGGGCCAGCCCGUUUUUGGCAUCGUGAAACUCUCAAAAGCAUUAUGAAAGCUUUCAUUAUAUUACACAAUAUGAUUGUGGAAGACGAAAGACAUGUUAAAAAUCAAGAUUAUAAUUAUGAUUCAUUUGAUGUCAAUCCUGAUAUAUCAGUCUCGCGAGAGCGUUCAGCGGAUUUUUUGGAAUUUGUUCAAUGUCAUCGUCGGAUUAGGGAUAGAGAUACUCACUUUCAACUGCAACAAGAUCUAAUAGAGCAUAUAUGGAAUAAUCACGGAAGUCAUAACUGA